UUGUGUGUAGCAUACAUGCCUGUGGGUCCAAGGCUAUGUGACCUUCUGCUGGCCUUCAGUUUGGAGAUAGUGGGAAGAACGCUGUGGGGGAGUGGAAAGAGGCACUGGACAGAAGUACUAGUCAAAGGGAGGCUCAGCAGCUCAGCGCCUCUGUUAGGCAGUGCUACGUGGGGUCAGAGCUGGGAAAGGUGUCACCAGCGGUGGUGGCCACCUCCUCCUCCACUGAGUUGGCCUCCAGUGCCAACUCUGGAGACAGCUAUGCAGUGGAAGGUGCCCCUGCUUGUGGGGCUCAUCGUGCUGAGAACCCAUGUCUGCAGCUGCAAAUUUGUAGACAUUGAUAAGAACUCGAAGGAUUUCGCCAGUGCUGUGGAGUAUGCUGUGUUUCAGUUCAAUGAGGACCAGGAAGACGAGUUUGCCUACAAGUUUCUGCAGGUACGCCGGAGCCAGCACAAGAGAUGGACGUUGAUAUAUUUAAUGGACUUGGAGAUGGGGCGUACAGUUUGUAAGAAACAUGAUGAAGACAUUGACAAUUGCCCAUUGCAAGAAGGCACAGAAGAGAAAAUGGUGCGCUGCACUUUUAUAGUAGAUGUUCGAUCUUGGUUUUCCCAGUUCACCCUCCUGAACAGCACCUGUGUGGAGAGAAGGUGGUGACAGAGCCCAUGGUUUUUUGCAGCAGAAGUCCCCUCUUCCUCCAGAGUGUGACAGUCUGUAGUCCUAGAUCUGUGCAGCCUGGCAGAAUUAAAGGCAUUUCAAAGCA